UCAUCGGGUCAGAUCGGCCUACCGGCGGCUGCAAAUAAGGGUUCUAGAAUAAUCUUUCAGUGAGCUUGCAGACCGUACUGCAGCUGAUAUGACGAAAAAAAGUGCAGUUUUAGGGAAUGGGAAUGGUGACAGAAGCAAGGGCAAGCAUGGUGAUCGAUCAUAUUCGGCGAAGAAGAAUAUGAAGAAAAAUAUGCAGAGGUUGGGAGGAAAGGGCCUCUCCUUAGAAGCGUUCGUGAAUGCCAAAACUAGCAAUGGAAACUAUAACCCUUCCCUCAUAAAGAAGCAAAAGGAGUUCUACAAGAAUGCUAAGUUUGUGAAGAAAUAUAAGAAAAUGGUAAAGCAACAGGGUGAUCACAGUGCUUCUUCUGUUUCUAAAAGAAUAACAGAGGAACUGAAUGAAGGUGGAGAAGCUGGUAAUGUGGAUCAGAAUAAUGAUACAAGUAAAAGAUAUAAGCCUCGCAGUUUAAAAGAACUGUAUGAGAAAAAGCGUGAAGAGGAAGAAAAGGUGAGGAUGGAAAGGGAGGCCACUAUUCAGGCAAAGACGGAAGAAAGAAAGAGAGCUGAAGAACGGCGGAAACAAACAAGACAGAAUAUGUUCAAGAAAACAAGGUCUGGUCAGCCUGUUAUGAAAUAUCGAAUCGAGCAUCUUUUACAAACACUCCAAGGUUCAACUAGUUAGAAGUUCGCAUAGCUUUUUUGCACCACAAAUGGGUUAUGGGUUACGUGAAAGAUUAUGAUACCCUAUAACCACCCUUGCUGGCUUUUUGGAUGCCGACUGCAUUGCAAAAUUGCUCUAAAAUUUGAAUCAUGCCCAAAAAAAACUUUUCCUUGUUAAGUAUGUAUAAUUUAGGGAGUGUUUGUGUUUGCUUGUGCUUAUCAAUAGUGGUUUAUUUUAGAGAUUAUUGGAAAAGUACGUGAUAAUAAUUUUGUGAUUGGUGUUAUUCCUCUAUUUUAUUAUUCAAUAUGUGAAUCAAAAUUGGACAAGUUUUAUGAAAUGGGGGGAUAUGUCAAAGGCCUGUAAUUGCGUAA